AUGGCUCAUAAAAUGCGACUAGUUUUGAAAGGUGGAUAUGAAAAUGUAUGGGCUAAGGUUACUAAGGAUUUAUUUAAAAACAAGGACUUCAAGAAAAUAUUGAACAAGCUUCUUAUAAACAUGCAUAUCAAGCCUGGUGAAUUUGAGAAGAAAUGGGAGUUGAUUAUUAUUGAAUUCAAUCUGGAAGAUAAAAUAUGGUUCAAUGAUUUGUUUGGAUUACAUGGCAAAUGGAUACCUGCAUACUUCGACGACACUAGAAUCUAUGGUUUGAUAAAUACCCAAAAUGAGCUUGAUCAUGAAACAAAAAAGGCGGUAUAUAAAUCUGUUUCACCUCAACUGAUAGAAAAAUACGCUACAAAAAUGGGAAUUAUACAAAGUGGAACAACUAGACAAAAACAACGGUUUCAAAAGAGAAAACUCGAGGUGGAAAUAAAACUUCCAAAAAAAGAUGUAAAAUGCAGUUGUCAACACUUCACCUGCAUUUGGACUUUGUGUAGACACACAUUCAACAUAAUUAUGAAACAUGGAAUUAAAGAGAUACAUGAAUAUUACAUUGAGAAUAGUUGGAGAAAGGAUGUGAUAUCAAGGCACUAUUAUUUUGGUAGGCAUGUAUACGUAUUAGAAGACAGUGAAAUUAACAGAUCUGUCAAUCUAACAUAUUACAACUUUAAAUCGUGUUUGGACUUCUUAAGAAAAAAUAAACACAAAAUGGAUUCUUUCGUUUCUAUUCCAAAAGACAUUCCGAAGGGGUAUGAGAAUGAUCCUAUAACUGAAUUGCCAAAAAAUAGGACAAAUGUUAAAGAAGUAGGAUGGCUUAUGGGCGUUUCUAUUCCAAAAGACAUUCUAAAAAAUGUUCCAAAUGUUCAAAGUAAUAAAGGAAGUGGAAAGAAUAACAGAAUUCAAAGUGCAGCUGAAAAAUCAUACAAAAGUCAAACAAGCAAUCAAUAA